GAUUUCUUUUCAAAAAGCUUAUACCCUUCACUAUAAUUUAAAUCACCUCUUGCCUUGUUGUUCUUGUUUGCUCAUACAAUGGGUCUGCGCUAUUGAUAGAUGCUUCUAGGAUUAUAACCUAUGAUAAUGCGCCUACUACCACAGCUACUAAGCGUCCAAGCCUAGAGCCAACCCCUGCAGCAAAGAAGAUAGCUAAGAUUGAGACAAUAGUCACAGCAGUAGCUCCAGCGCUUAAAACUGGGGCAGAAAUGAACAAUUCAAGGCCACCUAUCGAGGUCCAAAAUAGUCCGGCACUCCCAGCCGUGAUGCAGAUCCCAUUUGUACCUCAGCUAUUCAACCGGAAGCUGACCCGGAAACAGAUUGAAGAAACUUUGGCGCAGUUGUUGGAAUCUACAAAGUAUUUGCUUAUGGCUUCACAAGAGGCUCAGCCAGGCAUCAAGAUUGAUGAUAUCCCUUCCUCAUCGGACUUGAAAAAGAUGACAUCUAAGGAGCGAAGGCAGCUUCGUAACAAAAUAUCUGCAAGGAACUUUCGUGUUCGUAGAAAAGAAUACAUUGAGCAACUGGAAAGUCAAGUUGAGCAGCACAAGACAGAAGCUCGGCAUCUACGAGAAGCUGUGGCGGUCGUACAUGCGGAGAACAAACGGCUUCGAGAGGAGUUGGAGGUUGCCAAGCGUCAAAGCACCCAAGUCACUUCUUCCAAUGUCUCGGACAUCAAUGCACCACAGUUACCACUUGUCACACCUGUCCCUGCUCUUUCAACUGAGAAUCAGGUUUUGCUGGCGUCUAUUUUUUCCCAAUCAUGCCUUGGCUCGAAAGACAAGGUCAAUGCAACUACCAACACACUAUCUCGGCCCCAUUCUUCCUUACUUACACCCAACCUCAAAAAGGAUAUGCCUAAUACUCCUUACAUCGGAGACAAUGCAUGGAAAGAUGCAAAUCCUAUUUCUGUUCAUACAGCAUUUGUUCCAGAGAUUGUCUUGAAAGACCAGCCCUUCCUGAGGCAGGGAUCAUUAUGUCUAAAGGAGGAUGAACUGUGGAAUCGUCCCUGGUUGGAAAAUGAAAGGACUCCCAAAGAGCUCUCAAAGGUUGACAAGAAUCCUUUCUUGGUCACGAGUGUAGUGUAUGAGCUAAUGCAAACAUUGGCGUGCGAAUGGUUAGGCGCAAUGAACUUCCUUGAGACUCAGAGCGUUACUUGCGCAUUUACUCUCAAUGAAGACAAGGCAUUAGUACAGGAUUAUGAGGAUGGCGUUCAUAGGAUUGAAACGAUUAAUGGAGAAACACGGUGCGACAAAAAAAUGGGUGCCCAAAUGGCUUUUUCUAGGCCACAAAUGUGUGGCAUGGCUGUUAGUGAGUUGCUAGAGGGCUUUUAUCGAAUGCUCUUCGGUCAAAAACCUCCGGCAUCAUGCGCGCUCGAUGCCAGAUGGCUCUUUGGGCUAGACCUGACGUUUCUUUUUUCCUUGGAAGUUUGCUGAAAUAUACAUUUCAAAUCAUGGGAAAUAAAAUGAGAGCCAUGCUACAAAAAUGUUUCAACUCAGAGCAGUGCAUUGUAGGUUCAUUUGUUGUGAAGACAAACAUGUCAAAGCAAGGAAUCUUCAAAGAAUGUAAUGUUGCACAACCUUACUUC